AUGGCUACCAGCAUGGCCAGAGUGUUCAAACUGUUCGGUUUGCUGUGUUUAGUGGUGACGAUCGCGGCCGAUGUUCGCGUAAAGCGCCAAGACGAGGACCUCGAUCCGGACUCGAUCAAUGUGGAGGAACUGUGCAAGGACCGGCCGGGUGAUGAAUACUUCCGCCUGAGCACGGACGGUGACUGCCGCGAAGUAGUGAGGUGCGACGAUGCGGGCGAAAAUGGCAUCACGCGGCUCGCCAAAGUUCGUUGCCCGACCGGGCUGUACUUUGACGUGCUGCGCCAAACGUGCGAUUGGAAAACGAACGUGAAAACGUGCGACCUGAUAGGAAAGCCACGUAAGGUUCUACCAAUCCUAAAGACGGACGAACCGAUCUGUCCGGAGGGUAAGCUGUCUUGCGGUAAUGGUGAAUGUAUCGACAAGGAGCUGUUCUGUAACGGCAAGCCCGACUGCAAGGAUGAAUCGGACGAGAAUGCGUGUACCGUUGAACUUGACCCGAACCGUGCCCCGGACUGUGACCCGACGCAGUGUGUGCUGCCGGAUUGUUUCUGCUCGGCCGACGGUACCCGCAUACCCGGCAACAUUGAACCGCAGCAGGUACCGCAGAUGAUCACGAUCACGUUCAACGGUGCGGUCAACGUGGACAAUAUCGAUCUGUACGAGGACAUCUUUAACGGGCAGCGCCAGAACCCGAACGGCUGCCAGAUCCGCGGUACGUACUUCGUGUCGCACAAGUACACGAACUACUCGGCCGUGCAGGAUCUCCACCGCAAGGGGCACGAAAUUUCCGUCUUCUCGCUCACGCACAAGGACGACCCGAACUACUGGACGCAGGGCACGUACGACGACUGGCUGGCGGAGAUGGCCGGUGCCCGUUUGAUCGUGGAACGUUUCGCAAACAUUACCGACGGUUCGAUCAUUGGCGUGCGGGCGCCCUAUCUGCGCGUCGGCGGCAACAAGCAGUUCGAGAUGAUGGCCGAUCAGUUCUUCGUGUACGAUGCGUCGAUCACCGCUUCGCUGGGCCGUGUGCCGAUCUGGCCGUACACGCUGUACUUCCGCAUGCCGCACAAGUGCAACGGUAACGCACACAACUGCCCGUCCCGUUCGCAUCCGGUGUGGGAGAUGGUAAUGAACGAGCUGGACCGGCGUGACGAUCCGACGUUCGAUGAAUCGCUGCCCGGUUGUCACAUGGUUGACUCUUGCUCGAACAUUCAGUCCGGCGAACAGUUCGGACGGCUGCUGCGUCACAACUUCAACCGCCACUACAAUAGCAACCGUGCGCCGCUCGGUCUCCAUUUCCACGCGUCCUGGCUCAAGUCGAAGAAGGAGUACCGCGAGGAGCUGAUCAAGUUCAUCGAGGAGAUGCUUGGCCGUAACGAUGUGUUCUUCGUCACCAUGCUGCAGGUCAUCCAGUGGAUGCAGAACCCGACCGAACUGAACGCGCUCCGUGACUUCCAGGAGUGGAAGGAAAAGUGCGACGUUAAGGGUCAACCUUACUGCUCGCUGCCCAACGCCUGUCCGCUGACCACCCGCGAGCUGCCCGGCGAGACGCUGCGACUCUUCACGUGCAUGGAGUGCCCGAACAACUACCCAUGGAUUCUUGACCCCACCGGUGACGGUUUCUCCAAGAAGUAA